AUGCGAGAGCACAGGCUCCAUGGGGGUACUACAACGGCCAUAGCAAGAGCAUGCAGUGAGAAGUAUGGGGUGAGGCAAGCAAUCCUGGAUUGUGUUUCCUGUGGGCGAGCCUCACCACCCAUUGUGCAAGACUAUUCCUGCCGCCAGCACGGUGUCGGUGACUGGACCCGCAGUGCAAGCACCAGAUCCGACUGCACCAACUCCAAGCGCAAAGGGGUGAUGCAUUUCUGCCGCCACUCGGUUGGAUUGAGAUGGGUGCAUCCUCAUGAUUUGAGCAUCAGUUUACGUCGAUGGAUUCUCAGUUUGCAUCGAAUUCUUCGUCAUGGAACAGCUCAGUGUCAAGAAUUGAGUGACUCUGGCUGUGGACUCUGGCCUUUUUGGACAUGUCGGGAGUCGGUGCAUUCCAAGGCCUCCGAUUUCAGUCGACAUGGGGGCCUCGUAUUAGUUGUUGAUGACAUGAAAUUCGAAAUUCGAACUUUGAACUUCGAAAUUCGAAAUGUGAAGUUCUCAUCCUUGGCGUGGACGCAUCACAACAAGGACUUCGUCUACAACCGUUAUCCAAAACCUACUAUGAACGAGAUUGAAGACGAAGGCACUGAGACAGAUUCAAACCUCUUCCAAGAAUUACAUUAUCACUUUCUGGGAACUGACCAAAGUCAAGAUAUACUGUGUUGGAGAGAUUCUGAACAUGCUGAAUGGUUUUCUCGUGCAGAGCUUACUUACGAUGGCCAGCCCAGGCAACAGACUCUACUACUACAAUCUUUCCACUUUGCCUCGAGGACUGGAAGGGCUGAGACAAAACUGAUUGAUAAGUUCGAUGCUCAGUAUGGGCUGGUUGCAAAUGAAGGAUCACUUUUCACCUUCUUGACCAACAAGGAUGCACCCAAGAAUAAAUUGACAAGGGUUAGUCUUGAUGAUCCAUCUUCUUGGAAGGAUGUGGUUCCAGAAUCGGAAAGUGAUGUCCUUACAUCAGCUGACCUGGUUAAUAGACAGCAGUUAGUCUUAUGCUAUAUGAAUGAUGUAAAACAUCAGCUUCAGAUGCAUGACCUUCAAAGCGGUCAUUUGCUUCAGAAAUUACCUCUUGAAAUUGGCUCAAUAUCCGAAAUUUCAAGUAGACCAGAAGAUGCUGAUUUCUUCUACAGUUUCACAAGCUUUCUCACCCCUGGAAUUAUCUACCGAUGCGAUUUCACUUCUGGAACUCCUGAUUUAUCAGUGCUGAAGGAGACUAAAAUUGCCAAUUGGGAUAGAUCAUUGUUUGAGAUUCGCCAGGAAUUUGCGACAAGCAAGGAUGAGACUAGAGUGCCUAUGUUUGUGGUUGCGAAAAAAGGUCUGGUCCGAAACGGAGAUCAUCCAGCUGUACUCUAUGGGUAUGGAGGCUUCAACGUCAGUCUGAUGCCAUUUUUCAGUGUGUCUCGGCUGGUGUUAGUCCAGCAUUAUGGAGCAGUAGUUGCAACUGCAAAUACCAGGGGUGGAGGAGAAUAUGGAGAGAAGUGGCACAAGGCUGGUGCUCUAGCAAAUAAACAAAACUGUUUCGAUGAUUUCAUUGCAUGUGACGAACACUUAAUAAAAGAAGGAUAUAAGCAAAAUAAAAAGUUGUGCAUUGAAGGUAAGAGUAAUGGAGGUUUGCUGGUGGCUGUCUGCAUCAAUCAGGUACCGGAUUUGUUUGGGUGUGCUUUGGCCCAUGUGGGUGUAAUGGAUAUGCUCCGAUUUCAGAAAUUUACUAUUGGUCAUGCGUGGAUUUCAGAUUAUGGUUGUGCUGAUAUUGCAGAGGAAUUCGACUGGCUGAUCAAUUAUAGCCCAUUGCAUAAUGUAAAAAGACCAUGGGAAAAUGGUACCAAGUCUAUUCAGUAUCCCGCUACCACCCUAUUUACAGCAGAUCACGAUGACCGAGUUGUUCCCUCACAUUCAUUGAAGCUUCUCGCUACAUUGCAGUAUGAACUUUGCACUAGUUUGGACAACAGCCAGCGGACAAAUCCAAUAAUAAGAAGGAUUGAAACAGGGGCUGGUCAUGGAUCUGGUCGCCCAACCAUGAAAAUUAUAGAUGAAAUGGUGGAUGCCUACUCUUUUUUUGCAAAAAUGACGGAUUCUGCUUGGAUUGAAUGACACAAUUGAUGUAUAUAGCC